GAAUUAUCGAACACGCUUCCAGCCUCUUCGGCUGGACUCUUGCUUAAGACAACUGGGUUGAGAGUGACGGCAAUUAAGAUUGAUCCAUAUCUGAACAUCGAUGCUGGAACACUGGGGCCUCUUGAACAUGGCGAGUGCUUUGUUCUUGCUGACGGGGGAGAAUGUGACCUUGACCUUGGAAACUACGAACGUUACCUCGGCAUCAACCUAACUCGUGACAACAAUAUCACGACCGGAAAGAUCUACCAAGAAGUCAUUUCCCGCGAGAGAAAAGGGACGUAUCUCGGCCGCACAGUCCAGGUCGUUCCUCACAUCACGGACAUGAUCCAGGAAUGGAUAAUGAGGGUCGCCAAGGUUCCAGUCGAUAACUCCGGUGAAACUCCGGAUGUCUGUAUUAUCGAACUAGGUGGAACGAUCGGUGACAUCGAGUCGGCACCUUUUGUCGAGGCAUUAGUUCAGCUGAGACACAAGCUGACGAAAGAUCCCGAUUCGUCAUUUUUCAAUAUCCAGGUCAGCUUCGUUCCGUCGAUACACGGAGAAGAAAAGACCAAGCCUACUCAGCACGCCAUCAAACAAAUGCGGAGCGCUGGAUUGAUCCCAGAUUUGAUUGCUUGCCGCUGCGAUAAUUCGCUCGAGAAUGCCACCAUCCGGAAGAUUGCCACGAGUUGCCAAGUCGAUUACGAACAGGUGAUUGGUGUCCACGAUAUGGAGACUGUCUACGAAGUUCCGCUGCUUCUUCAUGAACAAGAGUUGCUCCAACGCCUACGAUCGGGCUUGAGUCUUGAUAAGCUAACCCUGACGCCUGCUAUCGCUGCCCAGGGCGCGUCUCUGUGGGAGCUGUGGAAAAAGACCAUUAUUAUUCCCAAAGAGUCCGCCUCGGUACAGAUUGCCUUGGUUGGAAAAUAUACGCAGCUCAUGGAUUCUUAUCUCAGUGUGGUCAAAGCACUGGAACACGCGGCGAUGCAUUGUCGCCGCAAGCUAAAGCUUAUCCCGGUAGACUCCGAACACCUGGAACCAGCAACUCAAAAGAAAGAGCCCGGCAAAUAUCACAAAGCAUGGCAGGCUGUUUGUGAAGCCGAUGGUGUGGUUGUUCCAGGUGGGUUUGGUCACCGAGGUACCGAAGGCAUGAUCGCCUGUGCCAAAUGGGCACGAGAAAACAACAAAAACUUCUUAGGCAUUUGCUUGGGAAUGCAGGUCGCCACCAUUGAAGUUUCGCGGUCUCUCUGCGGCCACCCUGAAGCUACAUCGGAGGAAUGGGGAAGCGAAUCCCAACAUGGGGAGAACUGGGCUAUUGUGUUUAUGCCCGAGUCUUCCAAGGAACACCUGGGAGGCACAAUGAGACUGGGCCUACGCGCAAGUAACUUCCAACCUGACAGCGAAUGGAGCAAACUCCGGGCUCUCUAUGGGGGCGGCGCGUCCUUCACCGAGCGCCACCGACACCGCUACGAGGUGAACCCGGACCUAGUUGAGGAACUCGAAAAGGCCGGGCUUCACUUCAUUGCCAAGGACGAAUCAGGCAAGCGUAUGGAGGCUUUUGAGCUCAAGGACCAUCCAUUCUACGUUGGUCUGCAAGCGCAUCCCGAGCUGACUAGUAAAGUCACACAAUGCAGUCCGCCAUUCCUGGGUCUGGUGGCCGCCAGCGCUGGAAUGCUGGACAAAAUCAUCGACGAGGCGAAAAACCAAAAGAAGGUGGUGACUGGCGCGGGUCAUUUCUAG